AUGACAGAUAUACAUAAGUUUUUUGUACCUCAUAAGCGAAUGAAAACUACAAAUGAAAGUGGAGGUGUCAAAGAAGAUACUGUCUAUGAUGAGAAUGACAUAGACAGCACAAAAAGAACAUUUCAACCAGACUGGCUGUCAUCAUAUCCAUGGCUGGUCUAUUCUAAAGCAGUUAAAGGUGCCCUCUGCAAGUUUUGUGUGCUUUUCUGCCCACGCAUAACGCAUGGUAGUCAUCAUGGUGCAUUCAUAAGCUGCCCAUUCACAAAUUUCAAAAAGUUCCAUGAAUGUACGAAAAUGCAUAUGAAUUCCAAGUGGCAUAAAGAUGCAAUAGAAAAGUCAAAUAAUUUCAUUAGUGUUGUGACAAACAAAACUAAAAUUUUGGCAGACAAAACAGUGGAUAUUGCAGGCACAGAACAACUUUCUCUUUCUGCACGUUGUUUUGACCAUGUAACUAAUGUUGUCAGAGAAGACUUCCUUGGAUUUACACCAUUAGCAAGGUUAGGUGUAAAACAUAUCUCCAACACAAUAAUAUCUACUUUAUCUGCUUGGGGUUUAAAUAUGGAUAAAAUGGUAGGACAAGGCUAUGAUGGGUGCAGUACGACGGCCGGUAAAAUUGGCAGAGUACAGAAGAUAAUUGCUGAGAAAUAUCCCAAGGCUCACUUCUAUUGUUGUGCUUGCCACAGACUUAAUUUAGUUGUGAAUGAUUUGAACACCUUACCAGAGGUUAGCAAUGCCAUUGGUACUAUCAAAGAAGGAAUUUCUUUUUUCCGGGGGAGCACGCAAAGGAAAGUCCUAGUUGGGAACCUUCAAAAACUGUGUGAGACACGCUGGUCUGAGAAGCAUAAGUCUAUAAGGAAACUUAAUGAUAAGUUUUUAGAAAUUGUUGAAGCAUUAGCAAUUUUACAUAAAGAAGGAGAUCGUGAAACUAGUCAGAAAGUCUGGCAACUUUACUGCACACUUACUUCUCCAACAUUUAUUCUUACAUUAAAAGUCAUAGCAAAAUAUUCAGCCAAACUAGAACCUGUCACCAAUAUCAUACAAUCAGUAAACAUUAACUUGUUAGAAGUUUCAGAACACAUUCAAGGAAUUGUAAAAAUGUUAUUGGAUGACAGAGAAAAUGCGGAAGCCGAAUUUGAAAUGAUAAUGAAAAGUGCUGAAAGCAACUAUAGUGCACUUGGAAUAGAUGUCACUGUCCAGUCCUUGCAAGAACAGUUUUCAGAAGAUAACAAGGCAUAUUUUGAGAUUUUCUGCUUGCACCCAAAGGUAAUGAAAUCCUAA